UGACCUGGGAAGCAGACCGACGGGACCAUGAGGCGGGCAGGCAGGAGAAUCUGAACUGGGCUGUGGGCCUGGGGGGGAGGCAGCAGCAAAGGCUGGGACCCUCCCCUGGCUCCCCCUUUCUCCUCUGGCAUCCGCACAGGAGGUGGCCCCAUAUGUGGCGGGCCAGAGGCGCUGGCAGAGAUGGGACCCCUGCUGGGGGAGGACACUAGCCAGCAGGGGGCGGAGGUAGGGGCCGAGCCGGCGGGCUGGGGGGCCGCUGUGCAGUGGGGAGCUGAGGAGCCAGACGAUGCGGACCCCAUGCGAGUCCUCACACUGCCGCUCCAGGCCCAGCAAGCCAUGGGGAGGAUGGAGGAGUUUGUCUUUAAGGUGUGGGAGGGGCGCUGGAGGGUCUUCCCGCACGAUGUGCUGCCCGACUGGCUGAAGGACAACGACUUCCUUCUCCACGGGCACCGCCCGCCCAUGCCUUCCUUCCGCGCCUGCUUCCGCAGCAUCUUCCGCCUGCACACGGAGACCGGCAACAUCUGGACACACCUCAUUGGCGCCCUCUUCUUCCUCGUCUUGGGCAUUGGCUACAUGUUCAGCCCCAACAUGAAUUACAGGGCCCCCGUCCAGGAGCGGGUCGUCUUCGGGACGUUUUUCCUGGGGGCCACCCUCUGCCUCUGCUUCUCCUGCCUCUUCCACACGGUGUACUGCCACUCGGAGAGAGUGUCCCGCACCUUCUCCAAGCUGGAUUACUCGGGCAUCACGCUGCUGAUCGUGGGCAGCUUCGUGCCCUGGCUGUAUUACUCCUUCUACUGCUCGCCCCAGCCCCAGCUCAUCUACCUCAUCAUCGUCUGCGCGCUGGGGGUCACAGCCAUCACGGUGUCCCAGUGGGACCAUUUCGCCACACCCCAGUACCGCGCCGUGCGGGCAGGCGUGUUUCUGGGUCUGGGGCUCAGCGGGCUGGUGCCCACCCUGCACUUCAUGCUGGCCGAGGGGCCGGUGCGGGCGGUGACGGCCGGGCAGAUGGGCUGGCUCUUCCUCAUGGCGCUGCUCUACAUCCUGGGCGCGGUGGUGUACGCCGCCCGCGUGCCCGAGCGCUUCUUCCCCGGCAAGUGCGACAUCUGGUUCCACUCCCACCAGAUCUUCCACGUGCUGGUGGUGGCGGGCGCCGGCGUCCACCUCCACGGGGUCUCCCAGCUCCAGGCCUUCCGCUCUUCACUGGGGGGCACCUGCACCAAGAGCACUGUGCUGUGACCCCCCCCGACCCACUGGAUCCUUUCCCGGGGGGCCUGGCCCCAGGCGACCAGAUCCCACCCCGGGGGACGUGGCCCCGGGUGCCGAGCGAUCAGAUCCCACCCCGGGGGGCCUGGCCCCGGGUGCCGAGCGACCAGAUCCCACCCCGGGGGGCCUGGCCCCGGGUGCCGAGCGACCAGAUCCCACCCCGGGGGGCCUGGCCCCGGGUGCCGAGCGACCAGAUCCCACCCCGGGGGGCCUGGCCCCGGGUGCCGAGCGACCAGAUCCACCCAGAGGAUGUGGCCUCAGAUGCCAGUGGAGGAGAGCUGCCACGGGAGGCGUGGCCUCUGGCACCGACCAACCAAUCCCAGCCUCAACCAGUCAAUCACGCCAGGGGAGGUUGCCGCCUUUAACAACAACUGACCAAUCGCAGCACUGGAUUCAGGGCCUCACUUGCCAACCAAGCCUGUCCUCCAGCAGCCGAUCACAUGACAGAAGGCGGGCCCUCAGAUGACAACUGACCAAUUGGCCCACUAGGAGUGUGGCCUUGGACCCUGACCAACCAAUCAGACCAUGGAGUAGUGAUAGCUGAUCCUGACUGACCAAU